AUGGAUGCAAAGGACUUCCUAAACAUGACUUUUAAUGGCAACACGUCACACACUCAGCCCCUCACACACAGCCUGUGGGAGGUCAUAACCAUAGCUACAGUGUCAGCCAUUGUCAGCUUGAUAACCAUAGUUGGUAAUGUGCUGGUGAUGCUGUCUUUCAAGGUCAACAGCCAACUGAAGACUGUCAACAAUUACUACCUGCUGAGCUUGGCCUUCGCUGACCUGAUCAUAGGAGUGUUGUCCAUGAACUUGUACACAAUGUAUAUACUAAUGGGAUACUGGUCCUUGGGAAACCUUGCAUGUGAUCUCUGGCUAGCACUGGAUUACGUAGCCAGCAAUGCCUCAGUUAUGAACUUGCUUGUGAUCAGCUUUGACAGGUACUUCUCCAUCACAAGGCCACUAACGUACAGGGCUAAGAGGACUCCAAAGCGAGCUGCCAUCAUGAUCGGCCUGGCGUGGCUCGUGUCUUUUGUCCUUUGGGCCCCACCCAUUCUAUGCUGGCAGUAUUUUGUAGGAGAGAGGACAGUGCCUCCAAAACGGUGCGAGAUCCAAUUUUUCUCUGAGCCUGUGAUCACAUUUGGCACAGCCAUUGCUGCUUUCUACAUCCCUGUCUCUGUAAUGACCAUCCUUUACUGUAGGAUCUACAAGGAGACAGAGAAAAGAACCAAGGACCUGGCAGAGCUCCAGGGGCUUGCGACCUCUGAUACGUCAGAAGGGACUAAACCACAGAAAACCAUCAUUCAGUCCUGCUUUCGUUUCACUAGAGAUAGGAGAGACAGGAGCCAGGCGUCCUGGUCCUCCUCUAACCAAAGUAACGCCACUAAGACCACCACGAGGUCAGACGAGGCAUGGGCCAAAGCAGACCAGGUCACUUCCUUCAACAGCUAUACCUCAUCUGAGGAGGAAGAGCACCAGGUGUCAUUGGAAACCCCACAGGGAUCAUUCAAAGAUCAAGGUAAUAACAAUGGGCAGGUGGCAGAUUAUGAAGGAGACAGGUAUUUUGCAAGCCCUCCAAAGAAGAGCAGUAAAAAGUGCAUCUCUUACAAGUUCAAGCCUGUCUCAAAGGAUAAAAAUGAUGAUCCUGUAACGGCAACCCCAUGCCCCGACGAGACCGAGCAGACUGAUAAGAACUCCUCCCCUUCCUCCUCCACCACCUCCAAACCCAUGGACCCCGUCCUGAAGAACCAGAUCACCAAGAGGAAGAGGAUGGUGUUGAUAAAGGAGAGGAAGGCAGCCCAGACCCUCAGCGCCAUCCUCCUGGCCUUCAUCCUCACGUGGACGCCCUACAACAUCAUGGUGCUCAUCUCCACCUUCUGUUCGAACUGCAUCCCGGUGUCCCUCUGGCACCUGGGCUACUGGCUGUGCUACGUCAACAGCACCAUCAACCCCAUGUGCUACGCCCUGUGCAACAAGACCUUCCAGAAGACCUUCCGCAUGCUCCUGCUCUGCCAGUGGAGGAGGAGACGAGGGGAGGACAAGCUGUACUGGUGCGGACAAAACCCAAAUGUCAACAAUAAAAUGACUUGA